GCAGCAGCAGAAAUGGGUGGAGUAGAAAAUGUUCUCAAGAAGGAAAGAGUCUAGUCUAUAGCUUCUUCUCGAGGUAGAAGAAGAGAGUGGCUUGCUGUGAGUUCCACACGGCAGCUCUCUGGUCGAGCGAUCUGAUAUCUAUUUCUUCAGCUGAAACUUGGGGCUUCAGAGAUACGCGGAAGAUGGGGCUUAACAAGACCAUAGUAAGGAACAUGAGCCGGAUCGAAGCGCGGAAGCUCGGCUUGGCGUUGCUGGUAGGAUGUUGCAUAGUCAUACUGACAUAUUUCGUUUCCAUGUCGGAGACCACCGUUGAUCAGCAGCUUUCUGUAGCGUACAGGGUUGGCACUGUCGAGGUGGUGGACGGCAAAAUUAGUCUACAGAAGCCAGAAAGAUUAAGGAAAGCGGAGGGUGGACAUGGAAAUACUGCAGAGGAGAAGGUCCACCGCACCAAUUUUUCUGCUAUUUCCCCCAUCACUGCCAAGGAAGAGAAAAGAGAGUCCGAGAAACCAAAAGAUGAAGAGAUUCUCCCUCCUAAACGAGAGGCUGAAAGGUCUCAGACGAUGAAGCCCCAAGUGGUGGAGCCGAUAUGCGAUUUCUCGGAUCCAAGAACGGAAUUCUGUGAGAUGAAAGGCGACGUUCGCAUCCACGGGAAGUCUUCGUCGGUGGUGUUUGUUUCUCCGCACCAGCGAAGCAACGAGUGGAAGAUCGUGCCUUACGUCCGAAAGCAAAUGGGAAACGUGGAGAAAGUAUCGGUUAGAACAGCGAGCAGCCCCGGAGGCGUCCCCGAAUGCACCAUCAAUCGAUCCGUCCCCGCCAUCGUGUUUGCGCUGGGUGGAUUCACGGGAAACUACUACCACGACUUCACCGAUGUGCUGCUCCCUCUGUUCUUGACCGCACGGCAAUUCGACGGAGAAGUCCAGUUUCUCAUCACCAACAUUCAAGUUUGGUGGCUCCACAAAUACGAUCCGAUUAUUAAGAGGCUCACGCGAUACGAGUUCGUCGAUCUCGACGACAGCAAUCAGGUCCUCUGCCACCCACAUGUGAUGGUCGGCCUCCGCUUCCACAAUGACUUGACGAUACAACCUACACGAGCUCCCAACGGGUAUUCUAUGCUCGACUUCACCGCGUUUUUGAGGUCGGCUUACUCCUUGCAGAAAGCGCACGCCAUCAGCUUGAGGGAACACCCCGACAGGAAGCCGAGGCUUCUCCUCGUAGCGAGGAACGGUACUCGAAGGUUCACCAACGUGCCGGAGAUCGUCCAAAUGGCUGAGGGGUUGAACUACGAGGUGGUGCGUGCGGACGCAGACUUCGGGGACGUGGCUGGGUUUGCCGGUGUGGUGAACUCUUGUGAUGUGAUCAUGGGUGUGCACGGUGCCGGGCUCACCAACCUCGUGUUCCUGCCCACGAAUGCGGUGCUCAUCCAGAUAGUGCCUUGCUGCGAGCUGGAGGGCAUGGCCACGCACACCUUUGGAUUCCCGUCCAUGGGAGCCGGGCUGAACUACUUGGAGUACAACAUCAGCGUGGAGGAGAGCACACUGUCAGAGAAGUAUCCCAGAGAGCAUCCCGUGUUUACGGACCCUCAGUCGCUCCACAAGCAGGGAUGGUUCAAGAUGGGGAAGAUCUACUUGGUUAAACAAAACGUAAAGCUCGAUGUGAACAGGUUCAGGCCUUUCUUGGUGAGAGCCAUGGACCUUCUCGGUCGCUAGAAUGAACACUGUACUGUUAGGUGUGCUGGGUGGAGUUUAUUUUCUUUCUUCUUCUUCUUUUUGUUGAUCGAUCAUACCAUACAGUCGUUCCUCGCCGCCAAUGGUUUGAGCCGCCUUCUUGUUCUGAGCUAAAACCUAGUCUUUAUUGAGACUAUUAUUUUACUUUUUGCUA